AUGCCCAUUCUUGAGAACUCGUCUUCGCCGCCGGCCUCGUCGCCGCUGCCGUCGUCCCAGGUGAACGCCGAUGCGUCCCCGCCAGGCGACGAAGUCUCGCGGAAGAACUACAAGCCCUCGUCCGCAGACAUGGCGUACUACUACGAGCACUUUCUGCCCUUCAAGUCCAUCUAUCUGUGGCUGAACCACUCGCAGGCCGCGCAGACCGACUUCACGAUGCGCGAGUUUGCGUUUGAGUACAAAUCGGGCGCGUACCAGCGGUACAACUCGUUCCAUUCGGCCUCCGAGUUCAAGCAGUCUGUGGUCAAGGCCCAGCCGACGCGGUUUGAGGUCGGAGCCGUGUACCCUGUGGAGCCGCGGAUGCGUAAGAGCGUGUCAAAGGCCCUAAUGAAGCCGGUCGCCAAGGAACUAGUGCUGGAUAUCGAUUUGACCGACUACGACGACGUGCGGACCUGCUGCUCGGGCACAGACAUCUGUCCCAGGUGCUGGCGGUUUAUCACUCUGGCAGUGAAGAUUGUGCACCGUGCGCUGCAGGACGACUUUGGGUUUGAGCACCUGAUCUGGGUUUUUUCGGGAAGAAGAGGUGUCCACUGCUGGGUGAGCGACUACCGGGCGCGGAUUCUGGACGAGACGAGACGGCGAGCCAUAGUGGAGUAUCUGGACGUUUUGAGCGUCAAGUCGAAGAAGACUUUGAAUUUGAAGAAGCCGUACCAUCCGCAUGUGGAGCGGGCGUUUGAAGUUUUGCGCGACGAGUUCGUGGAGGUGAUUUUAAGGGAGCAGGACCCGUGGAGCCUGCCGGACAGAGCAGAGGCUCUGGCGCGGACGGUGCCGGACUACAAGCUGUCGAGCGCGCUGAUGAGACACUGGAAGGACGUGCCGGGCCGGACGAGCGCGGAGAAGUGGCUCGACGUGGACGCGUUCUACCAGCAGCUCAAGGUGCGGUCGUUUGAUUUACAGGACUGGAAAAAGGAGACCAUCUUCGCCACGAUGUAUCCGCGGCUGGACGUGGAGGUGUCGCGGCAGAUGAACCAUCUGCUGAAAUCGCCGUUCUGCGUCCAUCCAGGCACGGGAAACGUGUGUGUGCCGUUCGACCCGUCCGAGAAGGAGUUCGAUCCGUUUGCAGACACGCCGAACUUGGGCGUGCUGGUGGGCAGCGGCGAGACAGAGUGGCAGAAGACGGGGCUGCGCCACAGCGUGGAGCUGUUCAACAGGUUUGUGAACCGUCUGGUGAGCGAGGAGGUGCGGCACAAGCGGGGCCGGGCCGAGGAGAAGGAGAAUCUGGAGUUUUAA